AUGUCUAAAACGAUACACGAAUAUUUUGAACGAAAGUGUAGUGAUUGGAGUAUUGAAGAUUUUUUAAAUGAAAGUAAAGAGGAACCGUUCCGGCUAAAAAUAGGCUUGUAUACAAAAAGCCUUGAGGAAAUUAAUGUCAAUGAUCAAGGAAAGAGGCAGCAAAAAGCACAACUUUUGCUUAACAGAUAUAUGAAGGCAAGUAAAAUUCUUUUUAUUGGAAAUUUAGUUGUAGUAAAAGACGUGACGGGAACCUUCAUGCUUCCUUAUUAUUCAAGUCUUUAUGCCGAGCCAGAAAACCAGCAUUGGGGCACAUUCCACCUUCACCAUUGUACAUUCACUGGAAUUGGGACUAUUAAUGGCGGAACUGGAACUGUCUGUGGUGGAACGUUUGGUGUUAAUUAUUCGCAUAAAAAAAGAGAUCUUGAAAAGGAUGAGGAAAAAGAACACUCGAAAGAAUGGAAUUUUAGACCACGGAAGAAAGUAAAUUAUGCCGAUGUUUCGAAUUCUGAUACGGACUUGGAUGAUUGUGAAAAUGAGGUAAAUGGAGGAGUAUCCGGAAAUGAUCAAACUCACUUAGAAAAUAACACCGUUUCUCGUGAAUGCGAUGAACCAGUGGAUGAGUCAAAUAUAACACCCAUUCAGGAAAGGUCAUCGAUGGAAAUUGAUUAUGAAUCGAUAAACAAAAUCGCUAUGCAAAAUGAUAAUGAUGGAUUUCGAACUCUUCCUCAUCAAAUUUCCAGUAACACAUACAACCCAGAAAUAUCAGUUAACGAAAAUAUGCUAAGAAUGUUUCCUAUGAGUUUAGCCAAGCUGGACAAAUCCAAGAACUCCCAGAAAAAUAAUCCAUUUUCGUUCACAAUUGAUGAUGUAAUGGAUAUUCGAGGAGAAAGUGGUUUUGCUAAAUUUUUGCCAGUUAAUGAUUAUAUAGAAUUACUAUCAAAAAAACCAAAGAGGGUAGUUAAAUUACCAGAAGAUUGGCGUAAUGUUAUUGAAGAAUAUUAUAAGGAAACAACCGAAAGUGGGUCGGUAAAAAGUAUAUCAGACUGGAUUCGUAUUACAGAAGAAUUGGGAGUUAUAAAAGAGGAAGAUAACAGAGAACUGAUAAAACUAAAAAAAUAUUUGAAUCGAGUUUUCCCAGAUAUCAGUGCUCCAGACAGUAGUGAACACCAUUAUUGGUCAGAAUUUGGACAUCGUUUUUUCUCAAGGGCAUUACAAGAAUUCGUAGGUCUUGAUUGGCGGGCCAUGGAAGCUCCUGUACAGGCCUCCAAGUAUAGAAAAAAUUAUGGACACAAUCAUAUCUUUGACACAGUGGUUGAUGGAAAAUAUGCAGACUUGUUGGCGCGGGUGUGGAAAACUGGUGAAGAAAUUUUUGUUGGAGAACAAGCCGGACCUCCCACUCGAUGUGAUCUAACAAAAUUAGCAACCGACUCUUUUAAAUUGUAUAGAGAAAUGAGAGAUUGUUUAAAUGUUAGAAUUUUACGGGCCAUUGAAAAGGGUGACGUGAAUUAUGAUAAUCGGUCUGUCUUCGGAAUAUUGGGUUUUCUUUUUGAAAUCAAAAUGCUCAUAAUGUGGAAAGAUGGUGUAUACGUAUGUGAAAAAUAUGGAAGCUUAAACAUUGCUUCUAAUCCAAGCCAAAUUUCAGAGAUGAAAUCAGGUAUAUUAAGGCUAUUGGAGUUUAUGAUGAUCAUUAAAACCGAAACGAAAAAUAACGUGGAAACUGAGUAUAAUCCUAAUUCUAUACAAAUUUUGAAAAGAAAGUUUGAUGAAAUUAUUCGACCGAAGCCAUCGUCUUCAAAAGGUCCAUUUCUUACAAAAGAUAUUUCACCACUUAUCGAGAGCCACUCUGAUGAGGAGAAAGGUAUUACUCCUAAUCCCUUGCCUGAAAUAGAACAUAGCUCAACUCAAUCAAAGCCUGAAACAUAUACUAUCUCUUUACCACAAGAUAUUAUCAAUGAUGAUUCAGCUGAGAUCCUAGAUUUUGUAGAAACGAUACAUAAGGAAAGGAUUAGUAGUGAGAUAAGAGAAGAACCAGGAAAAAAAACUUCAAGAAUCACAUAA